GGGAAGGCUGGGGCUGGGAGGAGGGGGGUCAAUUUCUGCUCAGGGCUGGGUUUGCUGAACUACUUUCCCGUCUUAGGCAGUCUGAGCAUUUGACACGGACUUCUUGGGAACAGCAAAGUGAUUUGAAGCCUAAAAGGAGAUGAGCAAUCCCCGAGACUCAGGCAGAAAAAGUCCCAGUGAUACAGGAAGCCAUCUGGUUCCUGAUGCAUAACUAGGCGGCAGAGGCACCUCUGCCUGACACGGACCUCACUCCGUUGUGGCGUCUGCAAGCAGCUGUUGGGCUCCUCAAGGGGCUCUCUUCCCUCUCUUCGCCAGCUGAUGGAUCCCAAGAGGCUUCUCUGCUUAAACUUCCUGCUGUUUCUCUCCCUGGCUUUUGAGCUGAGCUGUGGAACAGGUGAGAGCUUGCUGAACUGCCCAGAGAUGCCUGGGCAGUUGGGAAGCAGUGUGCUGCUGUCCUUGGCAUCCGGAGGCAUAAGUAAGAGCAUGAACAAAAGCGUCCAUGUCCUUGUCACCAGAGCAGAAUCACCAGGAAACAGUGUCAAGAAGAAAAUAGCUUCCCUGGAUCUGCCCGAAGGGGGGUCUCCACGCUAUCUGGAAAAUGGCUAUACCUUUCAUCUGGAAAACCUGAGUCUGGGGAUCCUGGAAAGCAGGAAGGAAAAUGAGGGCUGGUACUUCAUGACCCUGGAGGAGAACUUUUCAGUUCGACACUUUUGUCUGCAGCUGAAGCUCUAUGAGCAGGUCUCCACUCCGGAAAUUAAGGUGUUGAACUUGACCCAGGGGGAUGGGAACUGCAGCUUGAUACUGGCCUGCGACGUGGAGAAGGGGGACUAUGUGGUUUACAACUGGAGUGAGGAAGUGGCUACUGACCCACUGACCCCAGCCAACAACAGUACUCACCUCCUGCAUCUCAACCUUGGCCCUCAGAAUGUCAACACCGUCUACGUCUGCACUGUGAGCAACCCCAUCAGCAGCCGCUCACAGACCUUCACCCCGAAGUCCCAGUGCUGGUCAGAAUCUUUAGAAUCAACACCAUGGGGACUUUAUGCUGGGCUGUUCAUAGGGGGCAUCGUUGGUGUUGUCUUGAUUCUUGAGGUGGUAAUAUUGCUGUUGAGAAGAAGAGGUAAAGCAAAUCAAUACCAGCCAACAAUGGAAGCAAAAAGCCUUACUAUUUAUGCCCAAGUCCAGAAAUCAGGGUCUGUUCAGAAGAAACCCGAUCCCCUGCCAGCUCAGGACCCCUGCACCACCAUUUACGUCGCUGCUGCAGAACCUGUCCCAGACCCUGUCCAGGAAUCAAAUUCCAUCACAGUCUAUGCCAGUGUGACACUUCCUGAGAGCUGACACCACAGACUCAGUGAAGGGACAUUCUGAAGGAAUCUGGAGGGACCACAAUAAACACCAAACUUGGCUCCAGGUCCCAAGUUCCAAGUUCCCCGUGACACUCUGCACACCUGUACUCUUCUCAGAUCAACUCCUCGGUGAUGCUUUGUCCGCAGCCACCUGUGGGAUGGACAAGGGACUGAGGUUUUCCGAGCACUCAGCCUGUUCUUCAGGAAGAGAGAACUAUAGGAUAACUUUCCAGCUCUGUGGUGUAGCAGACGGAAUGAGUAACGUGGGUCCAGGGAGCCCAGACCUCCACGUGUCUUGCUCCUUGCUGGGACUGGACAAUAAGAGCCAAAGGCAGGAAGCUGGGACCUCCAGUACCUCUGACAGCUGACUCACUAGCCACAACAUCUGGAACAUUUUACGUCUUGGCUGCCUGUGCUUGGUCCCGGGAGCUGACCCCGCUCCACACAGACCUGAUCCACACAGACCUGAUCAAGACUCUGUGCCUUGCUUUCUCUCUCUGGAUGGGCAGUGAAGGGUGAACUCCUUAUCAUAGGUAGAGCACUCUGAGAUUAUUCUAUGAAAGAAGCUAAUAGAGUCAGUAUUUUAUUUGCAAAACCCAGAAGCUGAAGGGUCAAUAAACUGACAAUGUGACUGUGA